AUGCUAGUUAAUGUCCCCGGCGCACUUGACAAUGCCUGUCUCCUCCGUCUAUGUCCCGUCGCUCUAGAACUAUUCCAAUCGUUGUCCCAGCACUUCCGGGCUUCAACAUUCGACCGCAUUGCUAUCACUGUUGCCGGCCCAAGAAUACCCAUCAACCAAAACCGCAAGAACUAUCCGUUGACUUUGAGAGUCUACAUGGCUAUUACUAACUCGAAAAAUCCGUUACUGCUGCCCAAUCUAUCUAUUACUACUCAUCCAACUACCCAUAUCUCUUCAUAUCUACAACUCCCUGCGCUAUCGAUGUACUCCGGUUACAGCGCGAACCAGUCUUUGACCAACAUCCCUUUUAUAGCUGAUGGCGGAUCCAAUCACAGUGCGCGAUUCCCAGACCUCUCGAGCCCUCCUGUCACAAAUCAGCAGCAGCAACAGUAUGGUGGCUAG